AUGGCGCUCAGCUAUGGCCUAAUCGUCUUUCUCAUCCUCCUCGGCUGUCUCGCGUCCGUCGCCCUACUUGCUGCCGUCCUGAAACCAUUUAGCCAGGAAGAGAACCUCUUACGACGCAACAUACCGCCAGAACAAGCGGCCUAUAUGCGGGGUGUCAGGCAGACGAAUCUACAGCGGUUGCAUCAUGGUCGGAUGGCUGGGAGACUGCGGUCCGAUACUAGGACGGAUAUAGAGAGCUUGAAUCACGAGGGGUUUAGCGAUGAAUAG